CAGUCGCAUUCGUUCCAAAUUGUUGACGCGCUGAACUCGCAAACAGGGGGAAACAAGCAAACAGACAAAAUGACGGAAGCUGACGAGUACUUUGCCAGCAUGCAGGCGGCGCUGAACGUGUACGAGUCGUCCUGCGCCGCCCAGAACACUGCGCCAUGGCCAUCCAUCACAACGCACCUGCGCCAGUGCCUCAGCGAGCGCAAGCCGGUCGUCCAGCUGACGGUCGCGCCAGGCACGCGCGUCGAUUCGGCCGGAUUACGCGCCUUUGAAGACCUCUUCCGCCGCCUGGAGGACUGCAUUGCGCCCACCACUGCAGCACAAGCACCAGCACCAGCACCAGCAGUGAACUAUGGCCACGCGGAUGGUUCCAACGGCAGUGCUGCUGCUGCUGCUGCUGCUGCUGCUGCUGUCGAUGACUCGAGCGUAUUCGACUCGGCCGUCGUCCCCACGACCUCCACCUCCACCUCGGCCCCGUCGUCCGCUCGGACAUCCAUCGCAACUGCACUGCUGGGCUCUGCUGCCGAGCUCGGCGCGGGCAGUGCGGGGGCGGCAGGUGCUCCGACCGUCCGUCAGCUGGUCUUUGCCAAAUGCAACCUGGACGAAUCGUGCGUUGUGCAGCUGUGCGAAAUGCUGCAGUACAGUCCACGAAGCCGCAUUGCACGGCUGUCAUUGGCAAGCAACGCCAGUCGAGCCCUCCAAGGCCGCGGAUGCACGGCGCUCGCCGAGUUGCUGCUCAAGCACGACUCGCUGAUCUCGCUCGACAUUUCUCAGAACACGAUGGAUGCAGUGGGCGUCACCGUCCUGGCACGCUCGCUCCGACGUAACACGACGCUGCAGGAGCUGAAUGUCACUGGCACGGGCAUCUCGGGCGACAUGCUCGACACCCUCUGCAUUGCGCUGUCCUUCACGCCUGCGCUCAAGCGCUUGUUUGUGGGCGCCAACAAAAUUGGCAGCAACGACGUCCGCCACCUCGUCUCCCUGAUUGGGUCGACUCCGGCAGACGGCAAGGCUGUUGCACAGUCCCUCUUUGAAGAUGCAGAUGCCAUCCUGACCGGCGGCAGCACCUCGACCGAAUCAUCAGGGCCAGCCGCGCGAGGCUGCCACCCGCUCGUGCAUCUCGACCUCCGCGCCAAUCCGCUCCGCGACGAAGGGCUCCGGCAGCUGUGCACGCGCUUGACGCUUGCCAGCAACCUGCAGAACAUUGUGCUCUGGGAUUGCGGCCUGGGCAGCUUGGCGGGCAACCGUCUGUUUGAGUUGCUGACCGCCCCCACCUGCCACAUCCACACCAUCAAUGUGGGUGCAAACCCGCUGGGUGCAGCGGGGCUUGCGCGGCUUGCCGAUGCGCUCCGCGUCAACCAAACCGUCAUCAAGCUGGGUCUUGCCGCCACGGCCAUGAAUCCCGCUGACGCUGUCGGCCUGGCGGAGGCGCUUGCGGACAACAAGACGCUUGCGCGCCUCGACCUGUCUGCCAACGACGUUGGUAUUGCCGGCCUCCUUGCGUUUGGCCUAUCGCUCAAAACUAGCAACUUUGCUCUUGUGAGGCUCGACUUUGAUGUGGACAACAAUCCCGUGGCGCGCUGGCAGGACGACCGCGAAGCGACCAUGGCCCGAUCCCUCAAGAGCGACAUUGACUCGUAUGGCCAGAGGAAUUACCUGCGACAGUUGGCGGUGAAGCGGGCAGGCGGCUCGAGCGAACUGGUGUCGGAAGCGCUGCACGCUCCCGGCCAAAAGAGUGCCCCAACCAUUUCGGCCAGCUCUAAGGAUGUGCUGGAGAAGACCCGUGCCAUUGUGGAUGAGACUGCGCGUAUCGAAACGGCUCACGUUUCAGCAGCAGAGGCAGCUUUGGCCGCGGCGGCCGCAGCAUCAGCAGCAGCAACAGCAGCAGCGCACACAGCCGAACCAGAGCAUGCGGCAGCCCAAGAGGCCACAGAGCCAUCCAAGGACGCGCCAUCGGCGACUGCACCGUCAGUCUCUCAACAAGCGGCCGCGCGAGUCAAGCAGGCCCAAGCCUCGGCAUCGUCGUCCAUCUCGGCGUUCGCGCAGGGGCUGCGGAGCAAAAUCUCAGCCAAGAUCAACCAGGCUGUCGCUGUGGCCUCCAACGUUGCGCAUGGGGAUGGCACCAAUGCGUCGGCUGGUGCUGCUCAUGCAUCCGCUCUGCCUGCCACCACGUCGGCGGUCUCCAUGACCUCACUCCCUUCGUUCUCUCCUCGCGAGCCCAAGGAGUUUGCCGCUGGCUUUGAAACCACCACCGCCGCCGAUCCAGCUCUCCGCAAAUCCUCCCUGCCGGAAUCGGACACGGUCGGUCCCGUCCAAUCGUCGUCGGCCUCGUCCGUGUCUUCCUUCUCCCUUGUUUCAGGAGGCUCGAGCGUCAUGUCCAGCAUGAGCGUGACUCCCAACUCGACUUCCAGUCCGGCUACUCCUCCGACAAACCACUCGUCCUCGCUAGCCGCCGCUAGUAACACGACCGUGGAUUUUGAUGCGUAUGAAAAGGAACUUCGUGAGGCCUUGGACUUGGACGAUGAUCUCGAAGCUGACAACCCGAGCAGUGGUGCAGUCGGUGGCUCGGCGGGCGCUGUUGCCGCCACCGAUUGGGACGCCGAUUUGGAGGAUUUCCUCAACGACUAGUUUUGUUGAUGUUUUGAUUGUUUGAUUUUUUCUUUCCCUUGUUGGGUUUUUCAUUGUACGUGUAUUCAUUUCUGAUGGGGAUGUCAAUUCCUCCACGACUAGUUUUGCUGUAUUGUGUUGAUCGUUUGAUUGUGCUUUUUUUGUUCCUUGUCUUGACCCCUUUCCUCCCUCCAUUUGUACUACUUGCAUUCAAUAUCUGUUCCUCAAAAGCAUGGGUUUCCGGCC